AUGAGAAACUCACAACACCGCUGUCGUCAGUUUCCUCCUCAAGUAUCUAAAGAGGAGCUUCUUCAACGAACACGUCAAACACUAACAGAGAAAGGUGUUGACUAUGUUUCUCAAUCUAAAUACGUUGUUAAAAUUGCAGAAGAAGUUGUUGGCUUUGAUGAACCUAUUUUCUCAUCAAUUCAACCAGAAAUUAAAAUUCGCGACUCAAAUGCAUGGAAUCAAGCAUAUUCGAUCAUUAUGACCUUUUUACAAGAAAAUGGCAUGGAACAAACAAUCAAUGCAAUAGAUAUCGAAUUACAAGGACAACAAAUACCAGAUGGAGAUCCAAAUACAAAAGCAGAAGAUUUUCUUAAACCAUUAUUAAAGAUCUCUAACCAAUUAAAGCGCAAAACAUUUUCUGCAAGAGUUGCAGAGUUUACAGGAAAAUAUUCACAGCGUCGUGCUGCUAAGAAAUCAGGUGCUACUCAAAAUAUUCAGAAUGAACAAACAUAUCAGCCCCCACAAACACAAAAGAGACCAACUUCAAAAGCCCCAGCUCAAACAAAACCAGAACCAUCUAGAACUCAGCCAGUUUCCAACAAACCAGCUCCAGAGCCAGUUAGAACUUCACAGCCACAACCAGCUCCUACAAGACGCGAAGCACCGCAGCAGCAGCAACAGAGAAAGGUAGAAGAACAGCCAGCAAGGCAGUCAUUCUUAAAUCAGAAUUCCAAACCACAGCCAGCUACUCAGAAACGCGAAGAUACUACAAAUAACAGACUAGCUACACAACCACAACCAGCACCAGCCAAAAGAAAUCCAAGUCCUCCAAUGUCCCCGAAGAUUGCAGAUCAGAAGAAGAAAAGUCCAUGGGAUGCUGUUCCAAUGGCCGAGCCACCUACACAGCAUGCCAACUCGAUGAUGGAUGAUCUCGAGGAAGAGGAAGAAGAGGAAGAUAUCCCAAUAGUUCCGAAACAAUUACCUGUAAUUAAAAGAAAUCAGCCUCCUCAAAAGAAAUCUACAUUUGAUAGUGUAUCAUUUAGUGACAGAUCUGAUUCAGGAGCUCCUCCUUCACCACCAUCAAAGAAUACAAAGCCACAAGCAGCUAAAAGUGGUUGGGAUGCUCCUGCAUUUGAAGAAGUCGAAGAUGUUGUUUCAGAUGUAGUAGAUGGUGAAGAAAUAGACAUCGAUGAUGGAAAUAAUCAGGAAGAAGAGGAUCUUGAAUUUGGUGAAGAAGAUUUUGACUUUGAAAUUUAA